AUGAAUUUCAAGUUCAAGGAGACCCAUACCUUUGAGCAAAGACAACAGGACUCCUCAAAGAUAAAGGCCAAGUACCCUAAUAGAGUUCCGGUCGUCGUGGAACGUCAUCGUCAUUCACAAAUACCCGAUAUUGACAAACAUAAGUUUCUUGUUCCGGACGAUGUUACAGUUGCUCAGUUUAUGUGGAUCAUUCGAAAACGUAUUGAUAUCUCAUCAGAAAAAGCCCUCUUUCUUUUUGUUGAGAAGAAUAUGCCGCAAACAAGUGCUACAAUAGGUCAACUGUAUCAUAACUUUCACGAUGAUGAUGGUUUUCUAUACAUAAGCUACAGUGGGGAGAAUUCUUUCGGCUCCGGUUCAUAG